ACAUACACAGACUUGUACAUACACACGCACACAUACACACACAGAAACAUGUACACACACACACAGAGACUCAUGUACACACACACACAUACAGCCACAUGUAUACACACACAGGCACAUACAGACACACACAUGUACGUACACACAGACACAUGUACAUACAUACACAGACACAUGUACAUACAGACACAUGUACGUACGCACUUACACAGACACAUGUACACACACACAUACAUGUACAUACACACAGACACAUGUAGAGAUACACACAUGUACAUGCAUACACAGACACACACACAUGUACACACACACGCACGCACGCUGUUAGGUGCUCUCUCCUUUCCCCUGAAGCCACCACUGGCUGACAAAGAGGAUCAUCUGACCAGAGUGAGCUGAAAUUAGGUAGACACACGCACCUAUAAAAAGUUGCAGUACUUCAUUG